UGGGAAAAAAAAAAAAUAUAUGUGGCACACAAUAUUAAAGUGAACAUACACCAGUAAAUAAACAGUGUGCCCCACUAUGAUUGAGAUUGGUGCUUGCAAAUUUUACUAUAGUAGAUAUAAGAGAUUACAAGGUAAAAAAAAAAAAAAACAUUCGAAUUAUUGGUGAGCUUCUAUGGAAAGAAAACAGAAACUUCAUUAAUGUAAGAGAGUAACCAUAAACUGUACCAGGCUGGAAGCUACUGACUAAGGGCAGACUCACUGAGAUAGAGGCGUGCCACAGAGACAGCCUGAGGUCAUUCUCCUACUGCCACUCAGUAAGACAGCCUCCACUGGAUCCGGCUGAUUUACCUGCUCUGCAGGUUGUACACCUGAAGUGCAAACAUGCAUACAGAGUCCUGCACAAACCCAACUGACAAGCAGCUAGGGAGAAGCUAACAAACAAGCAAACUGAGCCAACGUGUGUGAGAUUACAAGAAACAAAGAGACUGCACAACUGACAGAAAAAGCACAUUGCACAUCUAAAAUGGAAGGUAUGGUGAAAAACUGAAUAAUAUGAAAGAGCACUGACAGAGACAGCACACAGUCACAUGUACAGCUUCCUUUGUAUUUCCCGAGGGCUCUCUUCACUCGUGGGGAGUUUAACCGAUGCCAGGCAUUUGCUACUGAAAAAGUUGGAUCCUAAAGACUAAAGUUCAUUACAGAAUGUAGGUUACAGGGAAGAGUUUCCAGGGAGUGCAGCCAGCGUGCACCGGUGAAUAUGGAAAACGCCAUUCUCAGUCUGCAAGUUGGGAAAACUGCUCUAAAUUUGCUGCCAUGUAUGUUUCUGCGGGACCUUCAAAACAAGACAAUUUUCACUUCUCUGCUCAUCCUCAUGGUCACAGAUGCACUUGUUACAGGAUUCCUGGUGUUUCUCUGGCUCACUGAAUGGCGGCUGUCUCUUGGUUUGGAGAUAGUGGCUCUGCGUUUCUUAUACCUUCAGAAUGAGACCUACCGCUGUGUUACUAUAUUGCUCACUAUGCUUGCCUUUAGCGAAGAAUGGUCCCGUGCUCGUAAUAAGAAAUGUGCUGAUUUUGGUGCCCCUGAGCUGGCUUUCUCACUGCAGUGUAGUUUGCUAAGUCUGGCCUGCUGGCUAGUUGCAAUAUCGCAUGCCUGGCCUGUUGCAAGCACAAUCGCUGUAUUGCCAACCAUGUGUAGCAACUGGGAUUGGAAUUGCCUCUUUAUAUUUCUCAGUGAAUUUGAGACCUCUAACAAUAUACUUCCAUGUAUUGGUGGUGUGCUAAGUAUUUCUCUGCUCUGUGGCACACUGCAGAGAACAGACUCUGUAUCAGAACUCAAAUUAAUAAAAUGGAGUCAGCCCAAGAGCUUUAUGAUUCCAGUUCUUAGUGGUACAUUUGCUAUACUAUUCUUCUGGAUCCUUCCACCUUUCCUGGCAGUCAGUUCAUGGUCAGCACUGGCUCUUGAUAUAUGCUACAGUAUUUUAAGGAUACAGACCAAUAAUGGAUUUAAACAACCUAGCAUUAUUAAGGAAAGCAUUGUACUUAAUAUUUCCCACUAACUAACAAAGUCAAGAUGAGAGAAUACUGGUGAACGCUGUGGUGAACAGUUGGGGAAAAUGCUCUAAAAUAAUGCUUUGGUUACAUAAAGGUCCCAUUCUGAAUGCAGCAGGUGGAACAAGAAUGCAGAAAAGAACAGAGCAUGCAAAAAUGAUAUUACAAAGAACCAUGCAGAGAUAAUGAAUGGCAAAAUGCACUGUUUGCUAUUGUUCUUUCAGCUCGGUCUUGAUAAAGUAAUUACUAGAAAAAUACACAAACUGCAUAGCAAACAGGAGAUGGAAAGAAUGUCACACUGACUGCAGAUUACAGUACUUCACCUGCUGUUCAUCGUCUUCAUCUUCAGCCUCACAAUCCUGGCAUGCUGUCUGGGGCACAAGAAACACAUGUUAUUUUUGUGCAAUGUAUAGAACUGAGUGAGCAAAUAAUAUAAAUAGUGUCUAACUACAACUUCAAGCAUCCAACCGACAUCUGAAGCUUAAAGAUGGGGCGACAGGUCUUGAAGUUCAACAACAUGUAGAGGGCUGCAGCUUACCUGUGCCAUGUCACCCUACAAUUCCUGGCUAUGCAUUUGUGUAUGAAUCAGAUACCUUGCUCUGCAGGACAGCUUUGAUGACCAUACAGAUGUCCCCUAGUUGCUUUGCAUCUGCCAUACACUGGCCCUUCAUCUCUUUCAGCACUUCAUUCAGGGCCUCUAGGAUUUCCAUCACAACAGCAGCCUCCUUAUCCUUCAGUGCCCCUUGCAGAUAUGAUGGCAUAACGUGGGACAGGAGACAAAACUGAGCUAAACAGGAUUGAAAAAAAAACAUAAGGAUGAUAAAAAAAAAAAAGAAAAAAUGGAAGGAAACCGAUGUUGCAAUAUGAACUAUAUUUGCCCCAGAUACUUAUUAAGGAUAUUUUUCCAUUUCACGCCUGAACCAAACCCCUACAGCCAACAAGUCUUAUUUCUGGGGGCUGAAUGUGGCCCCUUCUUCCCACUGGUAAUGCCUUGGACUUUUAAUGUAAUUUUGGAUUUUAAAUGUGCCCCCAAACUUUUAGACUGUUCUGUAUCAUUUGUUUUAGAGAGUUAUACUCCCAAAAUACUGCUUUUAUCAUUUUUUUUAUGACUUUUUUUUAUCCAAUCAAUUUUGCCCCGUCACUUGACAGUAUGCUAUAUACCAUCCUCCGUUUCUUUACUAACCAUAUACCACUCUAAUUUUUCUGCUUAUUUUAACCCAUCAUUUACCUGCUGUGUUGGCCUCACUUGGAUUUUUCUGGCAUACAAGAUUCAUGGAAAGCACAAACUUCCCCAAAGCACUGUAGGCUGAUCUCCUGACAUUCUCAUGUAUAUCCUGGAGAAAAUGCAUAAUGUUUAUUAAUGUAUAUAAUGUUUAUUAGCAAUUCAGUUACAGCUCUGUGCUAAUUUAUGUGGACAGGGCUGGAACCAUGAUUAAGCCCUCUUAGGGUGAUGGCUGUUUUUGGGAACUACAUUUUAAAGUAGCCAAAAAUGUAAUGCACAAGAAACGGUCACCCACAGGCUAACAUCACUCUUCAGGUGGUAGUUUUGUUAUGCCUCUUAAGUCAAAUGAAAAAUGUAGAGCUCAAAGGGAACAUAUACAAUCCAUUUUUACUUUGCUUUGAAAGAGAAUACUAGCCUCAAAAUAAAAGGCAGUAUGAUUUUUAACAUACCUUCUGGAUCUUGUUUAUUUAAAAAAAAAAAAAAAAGCUUUAAAACAACUUAUGUACUACCCCAUUCCCCGACUUCCACUGCUGUCUCCUAAACUAUUCCCCAGAGCCAGCAGUACUUCCUCCAUCAAGCAAUCUACACACAUCCAUUUGUAAAGGAAAGCGCAGGCAGCUUGUCUGUGAUGCUAGUUUGGCCUCUCAGUGCUUAGUGACCCUUCAGUGCCACCCACUCAUGUCUACUUCACUUAGAAGUAUUUUUAUGUGCAUACUCCUGUGACCCCAGGAGCCAUUUGUAACUAUUUGGUCCUGCUCCUUAGAAGGUCUUGUUGCUCCCCUUCCCCAAAAGUAAAAACUGCUUUUAUUUGCAAACUGUACUGGCAAUGGUCACUCCAACACUAACCCAUCUGACCUGAGGGUAAACCCAUGGUUCCCACUGCUUGCGGCCCAGUCUGCACAUGAUUAUACUGCAGAGUUCUGCCUGUUACACCUAUGACCAUUUCCAGUGGGAAAAUUAUAGGACAUGCGCAGCCCUCAUUUCAAGCUAAACUUUAAGCCAAAAGGACCUCAGCAGCUCUACUAAAAUGAAAAUUUUAGCAGGUAAAAUGUUUAAUUUUUUUUUUACAGAAGCACUAUACAUUUAGGGUAAGGGGAAUAUACUACUAAAAGAUAACACAAUAUCCCCCAUAUAUAAUAAAAUCCACAAAGUUUGCCCAGGUGCAGUAACCCAUAGCAACCAAUAAGAUUUUUGCUUUUAAACAGGUGACCUGUAAAUGCUUCCUGCUGAUUACGUUUGUUCAGGUGCAGUAACCUAUAGCAACCAGUGACUUUUAUUAUAUCACCCCUAUGUCUCUUUUUAAGCACCAAAGCAAUUCCCCCACAUAAUGACCGGUUAGUAUACAACUCAAAUUUACUUUUCUAGAUUUGGACCCUUUUUGGACUUCAUUUUCUCACCUGCCUGUCCACAGUAAAGGAAAAUAGACAAAGGGAGUCCAUCCCAAAAAGCUGCACUACCACAAUAUAAAUUGCAAGGGCUUGCCCUGCUUGAACUUGCUUUGUGUGCCAGCAUUCUGUUGCUUCCCUCCACAGUAAAACUCUUCCAUGUUUUAAUGUAUUUGUUAAUACUGUCAACAAAAUAAUAAUGAAGAAAUCUGAUUUUGUCAUGGCUUGGCUGGCACACAUCUACAGCCAUCAUUGUUUAUUUGUUUCCUGUAAAUUUUUGCUCUUUCGCUUAGUGUAUUUAGUUAUUUAAUCUUAAUAAAACAUUACAAAAGCAAUCGCA